ACGCGGUAAACGUGAAUGAAAAUACUCUGCUUUCAGUUCUCUCAUUUCCUCCAACCACUGUCUCCCUUCAUUUGUAGACAUAACAGUCUCAGUUUGUUACCUCCGUGUCUGACGAGGUGCGAACCCCGGAGGAGCGUUCACCCACCUCCUUUCUCGUCUUCUUCUUCUUCUUCUUCCCCCUCCUCCUCUUCUUCCUCCUCGUCGUCGUGCUGCCGCAGCAGCAACCAGCGCGGUGAGUGCGUCCUGCAGCAGCGGCAGCCGCAGCAGCAGGACGUGGUGAUACCUGACUCCGGAGUAAAAACCCGCAAAUACCGAUGGCUUCAUGUGUAAAUGUAUCGAGUCCUUAAUGUUGUUGUGACACCAAGAACCAGAUUCCAGCGAAUCCCUUCAAAUACCAAUCCACAUUUAAACCGAUACUGCUGAGCCAUUUGGACACACACUCUUCACCAGGCACGAUGAGAGGCUACCUGCUCACUGCAAUUUUUUUGUUCCUGCACCUGGUCACCUCAGAGUCUGGGCACUGCAUAAUAAAGCGUGAACAUGAGAAAUGCAUGGAAAUGAUAGAAAUGCACAACCCAGAUGGCAUUGAAUUUGUGUGUCCUUGGAUGUGGGACAACUUGACCUGCUGGCAGGCUGCCGAUGUCGGUGAGGUCGUAACGGUCAAAUGUCCUGAGUUCUUUCACGACUUCAUGACACCUGAAGAAGAAAUUGGGAAGGUCAAUCGAAACUGUACAGAGUAUGGCUGGUCUGAACCUUAUCCUCACUAUGUGGACAUCUGCCUUCUUGACGACAACACAACAAAACCUGAUUAUUUUGCAUCGGUUAAAGCCCUGUAUACAGUCGGGUACAGCACCUCACUGGUCUCUUUAACCACAGCCAUGGUCAUUCUCUGCAGAUUCAGGAAGCUGCACUGCACCAGAAACUUCAUCCACAUGAACCUGUUUGUGUCCUUCAUCCUGAGAGCCAUCUCUGUCUUCAUCAAGGACGGUGUGCUGUAUCCUAAGGAAGACAGCGAACACUGCUUCAUGCACACAGUGGCGUGUAAAGCAGUGAUGAUAUUUUUUCAUUACUGCGUCAUGUCCAACUAUUUCUGGCUUUUCAUCGAGGGUCUGUAUCUCUUUACUCUGCUGGUUGAGACCUUCUUCCCCGAGAGACGCUAUUUCUACUGGUACACCAUUGUCGGGUGGGGAACUCCAACUAUAUGUGUGACUGUCUGGGCCGUUCUGAGGCUUCAUUUCCAUGACACAGGAUGCUGGGAAACGAAUGAGCACACUGCCCUCUGGUGGGUGAUUAAAGGACCAGUUGUGGCUUCAAUAAUGAUCAAUUUUGUUCUCUUCAUUGGGAUCAUCAUCAUCUUGGUGCAAAAACUCCAGUCCCCUGAUAUCGGAGGAAAUGAGUCCAGCAUUUAUCUCAGCUGUGCUCAGAAAUGCUUCAGUGAGCCCACACAGGCUGUUCAGCAUUCGUGCAGGAUGUCAGAGUUAUCCACCAUCACACUGCGUCUGGCACGCUCCACUCUCCUCCUCAUACCCCUGUUUGGUAUUCACUACACUGUGUUCGCCUUCUCGCCUGAGGAUGUCAGCAAGAGGGAGAGGCUUGUCUUUGAGCUGGGCCUUGGAUCCUUUCAGGGAUUUGUGGUUGCUGUUCUCUACUGUUUCCUCAAUGGAGAGUUUCUCCCUGAAGGUGCAGUCGGAGAUCAAGAGGAAAUGGCGCAGCUGGACGGUGAACCGGUACUUUGCUGUGGACCUGAAGCAGCAGAGGCACCCUUCGUUGGCCAGCAGUGGGGUGAACGGCGGGACUCAGCUGUCGAUCCUCAGCAAGAGCAGCUCGCAGAUACGCAUGUCCAGCCCGCUGGCGGAGAACGCCAACAUCAGCCUGCCGACCUGAGCGUCUGACAGGCCAGAGCCGACUUCAAGGUGCCGUUCCACUUAACGUUAGACCAACCAGAGCAGACCAAAGUGGCCCCUUGUAAUUCUUAUAUUUUCUACUUUAUAAAAAGGGAAAGCAUUUUACUAGAGAUGAUCAAUUUUAUUUGGGUAUACAAUGAAAUAGAAAUAUUUAUUUAUAAAAAAAAAAGAAAAACAUGGCGAUGGUCAUUUUUUUAAUAAUUAUCACAGCACAUUAUCAUUUUAGAUGAAUACAAUUAAAUUUAAAUUCCCUAUGAGCAAACCACUCUCAGAAAUGUAAGCAAAUAAAGAUUGUGCCAUAAGAAAGACAUUGAUUUUCUUAAACAUUUUAGAAAAGUAAUUCUUUAAUAUGAAAUAUUUGGGGGUCACAUAUGAUCUGUUUGUGUACACUAACUGUGCUUCAAAGUGCCAUACAGUUCGCCUGACUGGAUCUCACUAUAGUCCAAAGGUUUAAGAAAAAACAAACAAAAAAUAACCAAAAGCUCGCCUUGCCUGUACAAAACGCUCAACGUUUAUAUGUAAAUGUUUCAUCUUGAAUUUAAACAUGUUCCUACAAUCAGCCGUAAGUACAGAGUAUGUCAAAAACACCCAUGUGUAAAUAGUUACUUUUAGUGUCUAGGUUAGUAACAGCGUAUUGUAAAGACCUUUUCAAACAAAAGGAACUGGAGCCCAAAUCUGUAGACACUGUCAUGUAUGCAGGGGACCCAGUGGUUCAUGCUCUCUCUAGUCUGGUUUUCCUUUAUACAAAAGAAGGAAGGGAAACAUGUAAUCUACAAGCUCAGUGAAUAACGGCAGAGCAGCAAUUGCCAACUUUUUAAAAAAUAAAACCAGUUUUUGUUUUACCCUUCAAAGUGGAUAAUUUAGACGGAGGUGUUCCCGUCAAUCCGUGUCAUUCUGCGUUUUGUACAUUUGCAGUUUUUGUCAUUUCUUACCCAAACCUUUAUAAGUAGAAGAUUUUGUUAUCUGCCAGAGGACAUGGUGCACUGGCCAAGCGUGAUAAUAAUCAGCCUGAUAAUAAAUAAUCACGCUUCGAGAGCCGAUUAUCUAAACCGACUUUCUAUAAUCUGCUUAUCAUCAACUCUAAGGAAAUGUGGUUAUCUGCCAACAGGAUGUUACUCAGUUGUUUUGGUUUUAGCAGUGCUUACAAUCUUUCAAAUUUCUUAGUUAGGGAUUAGAACCAACAUAAAUGGGAAUAGAGAGUUAAAUUAAGAGAUUUGAGCAUUUAUAACCAUUAAUCACAAUACUUAAUCAAAGCACGUACUUGCAACAAAAUAAUAAGAUUCUGCAGGAUUGUCAAAGAGCAUGGGUAUGUUAUGGUAUAAAAUGGAAGGGAAGAAAUGGUUCUGCAUAUGUACAAAUGGGCAAAGAAGGAAAAGUGGGCCAUUCAGCUAAUUUUUAACCACCACAAAUUUCAACAAACCCAAGAUGUGUUGUCAGUGAACAUGAGCAGUUUGUGCCAGUGUUUGUCUCCAAACAUAAGUUCACCAUGCCAUGAUUCCAUGAGUGCUGUAUUUCAUUAUGGGUGGUCAUCCUCACUCUGUGCUCAUCGAUUGAGCUUAAAGCCCAUUGUGCCACCUUUAAGCAGCUCCUUUUGCAAUUUGAUUAGACACCUCGUUUUCCAAAGUGCCUACUCAUACAAAUAGCUAUUGCUUUAAUUAUCAGUGAACACGUGAUUUAAUGGAGUUAUUUUCUGCAAAGAUUAAAUAAUGUGGUGGCUUUAUUGUGGGUAGCAUGCUUUUUGACAAUGUGUCUCUGGUAGUUGAAUAAUUUGGAAUUUAUUAUAAGAGUUUAGCCUUUUUUUCCUCAUGAAAUGCAAAAUAAAAUGAGGAUGUAGUUGAACAUCUUUAACAAGAUUAAUCGAGGUGUUUUUAUUGCACCUACCAUACAUUUUGAAUUUCUAUGCCAUUUCCACCACAUGUAUGACUUCAGUAGAAACAUUAAUAUUGUCAGUGAUCAACAAAGGCUUUAAUUUACUCGCUUCUGACAAUCGCAUUUAUGUGUUGCUCUGUCCUUUUUUUGUGUGGUCAAACCAGCUAAAAAGUCAUUACUGUACACAUGGAAACCAUGUUAAAUUAAAAUGUGAAAGGGUGUACAUAGAAGUUUUCCACCAUAUUUUUAAUUUAGAUGUUCAUUUUUUGUCAUACAAGUAGAUUAUAAGAUUGUUGUAUCUUCAAAAGAUGAUUUAUAAUACGUGGAACAGCUAUGGAUGUAUAUUUAUUUUCCAACGAUUAUGUGCUAUGUAACAUAUCGACUUGUACAGCUUACAAAUAGUUUUGUCUGUAACGUAAAUGUCUGAUUUUAUUACACUAACUGAUGCAGACUUGGUCAAAGUGCCAUAAAGAUUGUGUCCCUAUUAUAAGGUGAGAUUUGUGGCAAAAGAUGGAGAAAAAACCACAACUUAUUGUGCAGAAAAAAUAGGGUGUAAAAUGGCUUUAUGAAAAAAACAUGAAGCUAGAAUCUUCUUUUUUGUGUGGAAGUGAAAGUAUGUACAUAGAGGAAAAAAUUUGACCACUGCAACAGUUGCGUUUGAGCGUGUGAUUAAAAACCACUCUGCUGCUUAUGUGUUUCUGUCACCAGCAUUCUGAGUCUGAACCUCAGAAAGAAACGACCAUGUUUUAACGCUGUUACUGUCAGA